AUGUCUCAAAGUUGGAUCCUCUGGAAGCGGUCCCUGAUUACCGGCGGUGGAAUUAUUGGAAGCGGUGUGCUACUGUACAAAUUCACGACUCCUACCGAGGAACAGUUGAUCGCUAAAUUAUCCCCCGAGCUGAGAGCAGACUAUGAACGCAACAAAGAAUUGCGGAGGAAAGAACAGGAGAUGUUGAUGGAGAUCGUCAAACAGACGGCAGCGUCGAACGAUCCGGUGUGGAAGACAGGGCCGAUUGUGUCGCCGUGGGACCGGGACUUUACGCCAUCGAGGGAAAGUUUAUUAGUGAAGAGAGAGCGAUUUGAGAAAGAGCAGGCGGAGAAAAAACAGCGCGAAGAGCUCGAGCGUCUGAAAGCCGAGGCCAAGCUUGUGCAGACCGAUGAGAGCAAAAGCAGGGGGUGGAAGUUCUGGAAAAGAGAAUAA